AUCACCCACCCGCAGCACCCUGCAUAUGCCCUUCAGGAUGCCGGAGCUCAUCUCCGUCCAAGACUUCAUCUCCCAGACUCUGGAGGAUCUGAGCUCCCCAACCACCUCCUCCUUCACCAGCCACAUGGGCAAGUGCCGAGGCACCGUCUGCAGCCUGGAGGAGGCCUUGGAUUCUGAUCGAGCUGUACUGCAGAAAAUGAGGAAAGCCACCAAAGCAGAGCAUGCUUCUGGACAAGAUCUCGCUUGCCACAUAGAAGCUCAUAUUGCAGCCCAGGAAAAAUUCUCCGCAAACUACCAGAGUGAUGGUGACGAGCAACUGGCCAGUGCCUUCACCUCCUUUGCCGAGUUCUCCCAGAAGCUGCUGGUCCCAGUCAAGGGUCUGUUGCAGAGCUUGUCUCACAACAUUAACUUUUCCCUGGACUCGCUGGUAAAGAGAGAUUUAAAGGAGCUCAAAGGGGACUUCAAAAAGCCUUUUGACAAAGCCUGGAAAGACUAUGAGAAUAAACUCACCAAGAUUGAGAAGGAGAAGCGGGAGCUGGCAAAGCAGCAUGGGCUGGUGCGGAGCGAGGUGGUGGGAGGGGAGAUCGCUGAGGAGAUGGAGAAGGAGCGCAGGAUGUUCCAGUUAAACAUGUGUGAGUAUCUGAUCAAAGUGAAUGAAAUUCAAACCAAGAAAGGAGUGGACUUGCUGCAGAACCACAUCAAGCAUGGCAAUGCUCAGUUCAAUUUUUUCCAGGAAUGUUUAAAGGCAACAGAGACGCUUAAGCAGUUUAUAGAGAAGCUCACCCCUGAGCUACAGAGAAUGAAGGUCAGGCAGGACGAGGAGAAGCAGCAGCUGUGCUCCCUCCGGGAUCACCUGAAAACAGCGUUACAGCUGGAGCAGAAAGAGGACUCUGCUAGCAAGCAGCUACGGUACAACAUGCACCAGCUGCAGGGGAACAAGCAGUAUGGGACCGAGAAAUCGGGGAACCUCUUUAAGAAAAGUGAUGGGUUGAGGAAGGUCUGGCAGAAGAGGAAGUGCACGAUCCAGAAUGGCUACCUAACCAUCUUUCACAGCACGCUAAACCGCUCACCAGCCAACCUGAAUUUGCUGACUUGCCAAGUGAAGCCGAACCCGGAUGAUAGGAAGUGCUUCGACCUCGUUUCACAUAACCGCACAUACCACUUCCUGGCGGAGGACGAGCAGGAAUGCACCGCCUGGAUUUCUGUUCUCAGCAACAGUAAGGAGGAGGCUCUGAAUGUGGCCUUCAGCCGGGUGCAUGGCAGUCGAGAGAGCAGCAUGGAGGGGCUGACCAGGGCCAUCAUCGAGGAGAUCAAGUGCAUGCCAGGGAACAGCGUGUGCUGCGACUGCUCAGCACCAGACCCAAGCUGGCUCUCCAUUAACCUGGGCAUCCUGAUCUGCAUCGAGUGCUCCGGGAUUCACCGAGAGAUGGGCGUGCACCACUCCCGCAUCCAGUCGCUGUCUCUGGACAAGCUUGCAACCUCUGAGCUCUUGCUGGCUAAGAACAUUGGUAAUUCUGGCUUUAACGACAUUCUGGAAGCCAACCUUCCCAGCCCUUUGCUGAAACCCACAGCCGGCAGUGAUAUGGCCCUUCGGAAAGAUUUCAUCAUCUCCAAGUAUGUCGAGAGGAAAUACGCCAAGAGGAGGUCUAGGAGCCCAGCUGCCCAGCGCCAGGAGCUACAGGAAGCCAUCAGGUGGAAGGACUUAUUUACAUUGCUCCAGGCCUAUGCCGAAAAGGUGGAUUUAAGUGAGCCUGUUCUGGAGCCUGUACAGGAACCCGGGGAAACUGUUCUCCACCUGGCAGUCUUGUUAGCUGACCGAACCUCUCUACACAUUGUAGAUUUUCUGGUGCAGAACAGUGGGAGCCUUGUGAAGCAGACAGUGAAGGGAAACACACCGCUUCAUUACUGCUGCCUCCACAAUAAACCCGAGUGCCUCAAGCUCUUUGUGAGAGCCAAAGCCAGCAUUGCCAUCACCAAUGAAGCUGAAGAGACGGCCCUGGAUGUGGCCAGGUGCAUGAGACACUCGCUGUGUGAAGAACUGCUGCUGCAGGCUCAAAACAAUCAGUUCAACAUGCGUGUUCAUGUGGAAUAUGAGUGGCGGCUGGGCCAGGAUGACAUGUAUGAGAGCGACGAUGAUCUGGAUGAGAAGUUGGGUUCCCCGAAGGAGCGCAUUCCCCACCUUCAGAGCUACUACGGUUCACCGGCUACUGCCUACCAGCCAUGGGGAAAUGCAGCAGGGCUUUCAAAGGGUGCAAUUCCAGCCCCCCAGGGGAAAUUGCAUGACAUCUAUGCACGCCCUCAUUCCCACACCCGUGACAUACCAGCAGCCCCUGGCUCUGCUUCAUGUGUGCCCCCUCUUCCACCACACAGUGUAAUCCGAGCUCCCCACGUGCCCCUGCCCGCUCCUCCUGCCAGUGCUGUGGACUCUGGAGUAAGGAAGAUCCUGUUGCUACCUCUGAGCAUGAGGCACAAACGAACCUCAUCGGAUCCUGUGCCCUGGGUGCCGCUCAGCCUCAUGCAGCCCAGCCACGGCAGCCUGGCUCCAGAUUCUGGAUCCUUCUCACCUCCCAAAGGCCAUUCUGCAGCAGGAGCCCCUCCCAGGAGACUGAGCACCGGAUCCCACCAGGUCACCAGCCACUCCUCCACCAAGGACAUGGCACAGCCUGCUGCCCUGGAGACAGUGGAAACGCUCUUUGAGGCUGGCUCCAGCAAAGGAAGACGCCACGGGCUGCCGUGGACCUCGCAAGACCCAGGUGGAGGCCCUGGCCCAGUACAGGACGUGCUGCCCCGUCUCCCAAGUAGGGACACCCUGAGUAAACCACGCUUUUUCCGGGUCCGAGCACUGUUUGACUGUCAGGCUGACCGUGAGGACGAGCUGACCUUCCAUGUGGGAGAGACCAUCAUCGUGGACGAAGAGGAGGACCACAAUUGGUGGAGCGGCUGGGUUGAAGGGCAGCCCCACAGGAAAGGCGUCUUCCCAGCAUCGUUUGUUCAUGUGCUGAGUGAAUAGGACCUGGAUGGCUGACAGAAGAAAGAGCAUCUCAGCUGCUCGAAGUGCAGAUCCCCCAGACUCCCUGUUUUCAGCAGGCUUCCUGCAGAGAACACACUUGGCAAGCUUGUGCUGUUUCAUCUCUUGUGCCUUGUGACUCUCACCUUCAGGCCCACAGCAUGUGGUUCUGCCCACGGGGCCCAGAGCAGGGCUUGGAGGGGUCAGGUCUUUGCCUGUCUCCUGAAUUGCAAUCAAGUAUCCUAUUGGGUGUCUUUGAGUCCUGCUUUCAGCUCCAGCUGUUCAGUGUGCUGGCUCCCGCAGAGCAGUGAGGCGCUCACUGCAUGGUACUGGCUGGGAGUGGCCAAAGCUGGGAGAAUGCCACUUUAGGGACACCAGAGUUUGGGGCCUGUUUUAACACGGGAUAACUGACGGCUGAUUAACUGGAUAGUAAAUGCCACUCUAGACACACCACAGAUGUCUGUUCCACACUCAGCCCUAGUGUCCAGGUUAACAUCCACUCUCCUCCCAAUUAACGUGAGUUAACUCAGGUUCAAACAAGUCCCAAGCCCCAUUCCAGUCAAACCUGUCCACUAUGCCAGCCAGGGAGCUGCCCAAAACAGGCUUCUUUCCACUCUCCCAUUUGAACCAGUCAUUCAGCUGGGCAGCCACUUUGACACCCUGUUCAGAGCCCUCUUUCCACUAACGCUGCCACCACUGGAAUCACCGGCGGAGCUGUGUGGGGACAGAAAAACGCUGAUCAGUGUUCCCAGUGGCCAGGGGCAUGUGACAGGAGAGAGCUCAUAGACCUUAAGACCAGAAGGGACCAUUGUGAUCAUCUAGUCAGACCUCCUGCACAUCACAGGCCACAGACCCUCACCCACCCACUCCAGUAAUAGACCUCUCUGGCUGAGUUACUGGCGUCCUCAAAUCAUGAUUUAAAGACUUAAAGGUACAGAGAAUCCACCAUUUACACUCGUUUAAACCUGCAAGUGACCCGUUCCCCCCAUUACAGAGGAAAGCAAAAAACCCCAGGGUCUCUGCCAAUCUGACCUGGGGGAAAAUUCGUUCCCAACCCCCAAAUGUGGUGAUCAGUUAGAUCCUGAGCAUGGGGACAAGACCCACCAGCCAGACACCUUGGAAAGAAUUCUCCGAAGUAACUCAGAACCCACCCCACCUAGUGUCCCAUCAACAGCUACUGGAGAUAUUUGCUGCUAGCAGUCGCAGAUCGGCGACAUGCCAUCGUAGGCAGUCCCAUCAUCCCACCCCCUCCAUAAACUUAUCAAGCUCAGUCUUAAAACCAGUUAGGUUUUUUGUCUGCACUGCUCCCCUUGGAAGGCUGUUCCAGAACUUCUCUGCUGUUGAUUAGAAACCUUUGUCUAACUGGAACCCUAAACUUAUUGAUGGCCAGUUUAUAGUCAUUUGUUCUGGUGCCAUCAUUAGCCCUUAACUUAAAUAACUCCUCCCCCUCCCUGGUAUUUGCCCUUCUGAUGUAUUUAUAGAGCACAAUCAUAUCUCCCUUCAGCCUUCUUCUGGUCUGACUGAACAAGCCAAGCUCUUUGAGUCUCCUCUCAUAAGGCAUCAAUCCUCUGAUCCUCCAAGUAGCACUUUUCUGCACCUGUCCCAAUUUGAAUUAAUCUUUCUUAAACAUGGGACACCAGAAUUGCACACACUAUUCCAGAGGAGUUCUCACCAGUGACUUGUAUAAUGGUACUAACAUUUCCCUGUCUCUACUGGAAAUACCUCACCUGAUGCAUUAUGGGACUGCAUUAGCCUUUUUUACAGGCUAAUGCAGCCACAUCACACUGGCAGUUCAUAGUCAUCCUGUGAUCAACCAGUACACCCAGCUCUUUCUCUUCCUCUGUCACUUCUAACUGAUAGGUCCUCAACUUAAAGCAAAAAUCCUUCUUGUUAGUCCCUAAAUGCAUGACUUUGCACUAUCAUAUUUCAUCCCAUUUUUAUUACUCCAGUUUUCAACGUCCUCCAGAUCUUCUUGUAUGAUAUUCUGGUCCUCCUCCAUAUUGGCAAUACCUCACAACUUUGUGUCAUCUGCUAGUUUUAUUAGUGCACUCCCACUGUGCCAUGGUCAUAAAUGAAAAUGUUAAAUAAGAUUGGUUCCAAGACUGAUCCCUGAGGAACUCCAUUAGUGACCUCCCUCGAGCCUGACAGUUCACCUUUCAGCAUGACCCAUUGUACCCUCCCCUUUAACCAGUUCCUUACCUUUCAAUUCUCAUAUUAAUCCCAUCUUCUCCAAUUUAACUCAUAAUUUUCCAGGUGAAACUGUAUCAAAUGCCUUACUGAAAUCCAGGUAGAUUAGAUCUGCAUUUCCUUUGUCUAAAAUAUCAGUUAUCUUCUCAAAGAAGAUCAGGUUGGUCUAAUGCGAUCUACCUUUUGUGAAACCAGGUUCUAUUCCAUUCCAAUUACGGUUCACCUCUAUGUCCUUAAUUCCUUUCUCUUUCAAAGUUUGUUCCAAGACCUUCCAAACUAACAGGCCUGUAGUUUCGUGGAUCACUUUUUUCCCUUUUAAAAAAAUAGGUACUAUAUUAUCAAUUUUCUAGUCAUAGGAUACUGCUCCUGAGUUUAUGGAGUCAAUUAAAAUGGUUAUUAUUGGGCUUGCAAAUUGAUGUGCCAGUUCCUUUAAUAUUCUUGGGUGGAGAUUGUCCAGGCCCCAUGAUUUGGUCCCAUUAAACUGUUUGAAUUUGACUUACACCUUGGAUGUGGUGAUUUCUGCUUCUGUCUCCCCAUUCCCAUUAGCCACCCUGCUACUACCCCUAAACUCUUCAUUACCCUUAUUAAAAACUGAGGCAAAGUAUUUGUUUAGGUGUUGGGCCAUGCCUAGAUUAUCUUUAAUCUCCAUUCCUUCCUCAGUACUUAGCGGUUCCACUUCUUCUUUCCUUGUUUAAUUUCUUUUAUUUAUAUGGCUAUAGAACCUUUUACGAUUGGUGUUAAUUUCCUUUGCAAGGUCCAGCUCUACUUGGCUUUUUGCAGUUCUCACUUUUUCCUUACAUUUUCUGAUCUCCAAGAGGUAGCUUUCCUUGCUGAUCCAUCCCAUCUUCCAUUCCUUGUAGGAUUUCUGCUUUCUUUUACCUGUUUGAGAUGCUUGUUCAUCCCAUUUGGUCGGCAACCCUUCCCUACAAAUUUUUCCCCUUGCUUGGGAUUCAGGCUUCAGAUAGGUUCUGCAACUUCGACUUAAAUUAAUUCCAAGCUUCCUCCACAUUCAGAUCCUUGAGUUCUUCAGUCCAGUCCACUUCCAUAACUACUUCCCUUAAUUUUUUAAAUUUAGUUCUUUUGAAAUCAAAGACCCUAGUUGCAGACCUAUAUUUGUUGAUCCUUCCAUUCAGUUUAAACUGAAUUAGCUCAUGACUCAAACCGAGAUUAUCCUCUACAGCCUGUUCUUCUACGAGGUCCUCACUACUCGCCAAUACUAAAUUUAAAAUGGCAUCAUCACUUGUUGAUUCAGUCUGAAGAAAUCUUUCAUCUAUCACAUCCAGGAAAAUCUGGGCCUACCACUUAUCCUCCAGUCUAGAUCUGGAAAAUUAAAGUCUCCCAUAAUCACACAAUUCCCAGUGGUAUUUAUUUCAUUAAAAAUAUUAAAGAGGUCUCUAUCCAUAUUCAGAUUGUAUCCUGGGGUCUGUAGCAGACCCCAAGCACUGUCCCAGUGGAGCCUGUGUUAUCUUUAUUCCCCCAAAGUGAUUCUGACCCAAACUGACUCAUCCAUUCCAUCACUUCUAAUUUCUUUACAGUCUGCCUCACCAUUACCAUACAAUGCUACUCCACCUCCUUUGCCUUUAAGUUCUGUCUUUCCUGAACAGCACGUACCCUUCACUCCCUGUGCUCCAGUCACGACAACCUUCGCUACCUGUACUCCAGCUCUACUGUUUGGAAGUUAAAGUGGUUACCCCAGAAUCCCUGGAAACAAGUGCAUCUAAACUGGGGAUCGUCCUGGGUUCAGCUCCCUCCUCUCCAAGAGUUUAGCCAGCACUCACCCGGCACCACGAGCAAGCCUCUCCUGCAGGGCUGGUGCUCUCUGAACUGGAGAAGGUUCAGAGAAUUGCUCCAUUCUUUGCUAGAAGCUCUGGAACAGUGCUGAGGCCAUGAGCUUCUGGGGUGUGACCCAGUCACCAGUAAAUACUGACUGUCCACUACUGGGUCUCACAGAAGGAAGGAAUGUUCCAGUUUCUCUCUCCAGCCUCCUUUCCAAGCCCACCUCUACCCUGGUGUGGAAAAGGCCCCUAGGAUCCCAUCUAAUCCAGCCAUUGAAGGUUAGGGGACAAGAGUCACGGCCGGCUUUUUUCAGUCUAGUCUUAAAUGUGCCAAGUGAUGGCACUUUCCUCGUGUUUUCUAUGUCCACUUCCAGGCCCAGGGUCCAGUCUAGGGUAUGACUGUGUUUGCUGUUCCAGAAUCCAGUGGUGUGGGACCUGGGUGGAGAGGUGGGUUUGCCCAUUGUGUCAGAGGAAUUAUCUGCACAGCUGUUGAAGUGUCCCGGUACAAUGAGCCACAGGGAACAAGUGGCUCCAUCUUCCUCCAUUUCCCAGAGAGCUUGUUCCCCAGCUGAGUACAUCUCACUGCCAGGGAGAUUACCAGAGUCUGAACCUAAGAGUUUCCUAUCUUAACAUCCCCCACCCCCCACCCCAUGCCUAGUUCUGCUCCUAGCUCCCCUCCCACCUUGGUGUUUGGACCUGUCAAAGACCCGUAGACAGCUGAGUUCAGCUGCACAUGUGUGAAGAAGAGAUGCUGGGGUCCUUGCUGCAGCUGUGGGCUCUGCUGCAGACAGAUUGUAGGGAGGCACUGCCAGAAAGGACCUCUCCUAGCUCUCCAAGAGAAGCUGCAACCUGCUCUGUCUCACACACUCCUCAUUUAAGUGCUAAAACGUGAGAGAAGAAAGGGACAAAAAGAGAACCCCCACCCCACCCUGCUCCGGUUUGCAGGCGCAAGCCAGCACUAUAUCCUUUCCCACAGCAGACGAAGCCACAGAGGCCAAGUGGCUAUGCCACUCCCCUAGGUAUCUGGCACUUGGAUACACCUGCGUCACAUGCCGCCUCUUCCCACUAUCACAAUCCCAGGACUCAGCUGGGGAAACCCUGCCUCCAAAGCAGCUUGCGCCAUCCAAGGGACCUGUAGCCACCCCCACCUAAUGAGCCCCAAAGCCAUUCACAUACUCGCUAGCAACUGCCACCCUGCAGGUGGGCUGGGCAAGGUAGAGGGGUAGGCCCUUGCCAAAGCCAAGUGCACACUGCCGCGUCAUUGGUCUGAGGGGGGCAAGGUGAGACCCACAGUCAGCCUCCAAGCUCCUCUCCCUUGAGCUGGGAUGUGUGCCAGGAACUGGCAGUUUCACCCAGCGCUGGCUGCUGCCACCCUUUCUUGCACUGCAGUUGCAGGACAGGGCUUUGGGAAGCAGCUGGUUUACAUGGCCUCUCCCCCCCCCCCCCCCAUCUAUGAAUCUCCAAUAACAGCCUUCUUCCCUCGGAGUUUGGCUGCUCCUCUGCCCUCCUCUGAUCCUGACACGUUCCCAGCAUCCCCGUACAGGGCUGUGCACAGCCUCGGCCCCCAGCGCCGACAGGGUGAGCCAAGGCUGGGUGUGACUGGGGCCAGCAGUCAGUGCCCUGGGAAGGGUGGGUCUGUGCCUCUGGCUCUCCCCGCCUGUGUUGCUGGCUCUGCUGCACAGUGACCGAAGGCGGUGGUGCCGCUGAGCAGCCCGAGCCUUCGAGAGCAGCCGGUACGUCAGCCCCCGCGGGAAGGCAGCAGGGAUGGCACAGGCGGUGCUCAGGCUGGAGCGGUCACUCGGAUGAAAACUGGGCCUUGACGUGGGCAAUGUAAUGCACAUGACGGGAGCCUUCAUUUCCGUCUCGGUGUUCUUCGGAAAAUUUGGGUUUUUUUCAGUGGAAAUGGAAUUAGCAAAAAAAAGUCCAAAAAUGGAAAGAAUUCAGCUGAAAAACCACAAUAUUUGACUUGGGGAUGCUGCUGCGGUGCCUCCCAGGAGCUGGCAUUCAGAUGGCUUGUGCUCCCGCUCACCUUUGGGUUUGACUGUGUCUCCCGUGGCACACUGUGGUCUUCCUCUUGGGAAGGGCAGGCAGAGAAUCGUGGUAGUCCCUGGCCAUGGUGCAGCAUGGGAGAUGUUGUUUGGGUGCAUGUGCGCGUCCCAAACCCAGUGUGACGAAGUGGGACCUUUCUUAAUGUUUCCUCUGAAUACUGUAGGGGUGCCUCAGUUUCCCCUAUGCAUUUCUUAAGUCUCUAGGUGGUGGGCUAAGGGGAUAUAUUGUUGCAGAGCAAAGGGCCAGUGCACACAAAUGUCCUACACUCUAUCUUCUGGCAACUGAUGGCCUGGGCCCUUCCCCCCCGCAAGGUGAGAGCUAAAGGGUAGGAGAACAAAGGAAUCAAGUGACCGCCUGGCCCGGGAAAGGGACAAAGCCCAGAGGAGGGGCGGCUGGAGAGAGUUUCAGUUUGGGGCUGCCUGGGGACAUGGAGUGAAGGGCAGACUUGGUUGUCUGGCUCACUGACCCCCCAAAAUGGACCCGGCUGAGGGGUCCUGUUCUCUGUACCUACAAGCUCUGUUGUAGACCGUGUUCCUGUCAUCUAAUAAACCUCUGUUUUACUGGC